GCGCGGGAGGCCAGUUAGCUGGCAGUGCUGUGCGGGCUCGUCCUCAGCGACCGGCAGUCAGUGCGCUUGCGCGCGGGAUAAGCGCCGCGGUUCUUGACUGUACUGUGCCUGGCGCUGGUGGUAGCCAUGCAGGGAGCCAACUCGGAACAGCCCUUCAAGCGGCCCCGAUGCGAUGGCAGCCCAAGAACCCCUCCAAACAACCGUUCUGCGGCGGCGGAAAGGUCCCCGGGCCCCGAGCUCCUCCCAGAUCCCCAGUUCUGGGGCCCGGAGCAGGUGUGCUGCUUCCUAGAGCGCAGUGGCUUCAGAGAUCCCCGACUACUGGACCGCUUCCGAGAAAAUAAAAUCACGGGUUUGACACUGCUCCAUCUUAAUGAGUCUGAUCUUGAAAGUCUUGGGAUAAGUGCCUUGGGGGACAGAAAGAAGCUGCACAAUUAUAUCCAACAACUGAGUGGAAUUUAUGGUGAUUCAAUGAAGGUAAUUAAUGAUCCUAUCCAUGGCCACAUUGAACUCCACCCUCUCCUCAUCCGAAUCAUUGACACACCUCAAUUUCAGCGGCUUCGAUAUAUCAAACAGUUGGGAGGCAGUUACUACAUUUUUCCAGGUGCUUCGCACAAUCGAUUUGAGCACAGUCUAGGUGUAGGGUAUCUAGCAGGAUGUCUGGUUCGUGCACUGCGGGAGAAACAACCAGAGCUGCAGAUAAGUGAACGGGAUGUGCUCUGUGUUCAGAUUGCUGGCCUUUGUCAUGAUCUCGGUCAUGGGCCAUUUUCACAUAUGUUUGAUGGAAGAUUUAUUCCACUUGCUCGCCCAGAUGUGAAAUGGACGCAUGAACAGGGCUCACUGAUGAUGUUUGAGCACCUCGUUAAUUCUAAUGGACUCAAAGCAGUCAUGAAAUACUACGGUCUUGUCCCUGAAGAAGACAUUUGCUUUAUCAAGGAACUAAUUGCAGGACCACUUGAAUCACCAAUCAAAGAUUCUUUGUGGCCAUAUAAAGGGCGUCCUAAAGAGAAAAGCUUCCUUUAUGAGAUAGUGGCCAAUAAAAGAACUGGCAUCGAUGUGGACAAAUGGGAUUAUUUUGCCAGGGACUGCCAUCAUCUUGGAAUCCAAAAUAAUUUUGACUACAAGCGCUUUAUUAAAUUUGCCCGUGUCUGUGAAGUAGAGAAUGGGAAGUGUAUUUGUCCUAGAGAUAAGGAGGUUGGGAAUCUAUAUGACAUGUUCCAUACUCGCAACUCUUUGCACCGCAGAGCUUAUCAACACAAAAUUGGCAACAUCAUUGAUACAAUGAUUACAAAUGCUUUCCUCAAAGCCGACCCCUACAUAGAGAUUACAGGUGCUGAAGGAAAAAAGUAUCACAUCUCUACAGCAAUUGAUGACAUGGAAGCCUUCACGAAGCUAACAGAUAACAUUUUUCUGGAGAUUUUAUAUUCUUCUGAUCCCAAACUGGAUGAAGCACGAGAGAUUUUAAAAAAAAUUGAAUAUCGUCAUCUAUAUAAGUUUGUGGGUGAGACUAAGCCACAGGGAAAAAUAAAAAUUAAAAGGGAAGACUAUAAAGACCUUCCAAAGGAAAUUGCUGAUGCUAAACCCGACAUAUUGCCGGAAUUUGAACUGAAGGCUGAAGAUUUAAUAGUGGAUGUUAUCAACAUGGAUUAUGGAAUGGAAGACCAGAAUCCUAUUGAUCAUGUUCGCUUCUAUUCUAAGCAUGACCUCAGCAAAGCAGUCAGGAUUACUAAAGAUCAGGUUUCAGAACUUUUGCCAGAGAGAUUUGCAGAGCAGCUAAUUCGCGUAUACUGUAAGAAGACUGACACAAGGAGCUUGUAUGUUGCACACCAACAUUUCGUUCAGUGGUGCUUAAUCAGAGACUUCACCAAGCCACAGGAUGGUGAUAUUAUAGCCCCACUUAUAACACCUCGGAAAAUGGAAUGGAAUAACAUGAAUUCAGCCUGGAGCCCAGAUCACUUGCGGGCAGUGUCCAGAUCUAGACAUCGUCUUUUUCCAGAUGACUCCGUGUGAAUGUAUGCAGCCAGUUCUUUACAUCAAGUUUCUUCCUUGUUCCCCAAGAGUAUUAACUAACAUAGGGAGUUUGGUCAUGGAGUUCUACAAAUUUAGUGAUAACUAGCGCUUUUUAUAAUUUGAAUAUACAGACAUGCUGAAGCUAAGUAAUUUUUAUCCAAAGAAACAGAGGGAUUAGGCAAAUCUUGCUAUACAUGCUAUGGAAAGCGUUACCUGGCCUAUUUUAACCAUAACUAAAGCCUUUCGCUAGUAGUCUUAUUUUCUUAGAAUAACAAAAAAAAUUUUUUUAUGUACUCUGAACUGUUAUGACAUAUGAUUGUUCUUUUUUUAAAAAAUGCUUGGAAAUGAGAGACAGUGUACGUAGGAAUUUGAAGUUGGGACUAUCAUAAACAGCCCAUGGUUAAGAAUGAAACAUAAAAUUCUAGCCCCUUGAGGGAGGUACCCAUUGCCUCAAAUUUGAGGACAGUUCUUCUUAAGUGAUCUGAAUGUUAGUGAAGGACCUGCCCUGACCCUUUUAGCCAGAUCAGACUAAACAGUAGGAAAUGAGGGCUGGGAGUGAGCUCCAACUUCUGAGUGAAAGGUAUGAUUAAUUUUUUGAAAAGAUCCAAGGGCUCUGGACUUAGUGGUACCUAAAACUGCCCGUGAGGGGGCUGUUCUCUGGAUCAGUUGCAGCCCCGGACCUAGGCAGUUUCUUUCUCCUGAAUACUCACUAUCCAUGUCCCAGGGUCUUUAUCACUAUCACUGCUCAGCCUGGAGAAGGCUCCCCUCCGACCUUCUUUCUGAAUUUCCCUUGUAAGCUCAUCAGGGUCACUGGAAGCGUUCUUGGGGUUACACAGAGCUGGGAUUUUGUUUUUGCUUGUUCAGUUGUGCAUUUUAUCAGUUUCAGAGCAAAGACUGAGCCACCUGGGGUGAGAUGAGUGAUUAUCCCUGGAAUUCCGAGUUCCCCCCUGGCCCACGCUUGCUUGUUCUUUACCUCCUGCCAUGGUUUAGGCACCACUUUGGUUGAACAAUUCCAUGGAGAGGGCCCCCACACCCACCUCCAUAAACACACAAUUGCCAGUUCUACAGGACUUCACCAAGAAUAAAGUCUGGAGUUAGACCUAAAGCUGGCAGUAGCCAGUGGGUCCUGUAGAAACAAGGCAGUGGGGAACGGGAGUCAUAAGCCCUUAACAUCUUGUGCUUGGACACUCCUUUACAAAACCUCCAUAGCAGGCCGGGAUUGGGGAACUGGGAUGACUGUGGGCAAGAGCGAGUGGGAGGAAGGGAGGAACUCAGACCAUAGGCAGCAGAUUAUCCACAAGUGUUAGGAGUGCUGCUACCUUCCACUGUGUAACCAAGUUCUGUUCUGUUAACAAUAGGCUGAAAAGUCUUAGGAAGUCUGCCAUUCUGCAUAACUACCACCACCCUCCUCCAUCCCCCAAUAGAUGAUCAAGAGUAGACCCUAAUUCAUAGGAGAAUAAUGCUGUGUGGGUGAGGAUAUGUCCCCACUGGGCUCCUAGAAGCACAAGUGAAGUCAGCCAUGGGACUGGGUCAUAUCUGUGUUGGCCGAGGUACCACUGAAACAUUUAGUGGGGAGAACUGUAGGGCUUAGACUUAAUGUAUCCAGACCCAAGGUCAAGAAUGUAAUGUUUUUCUGCUAAGAUCGUUUUAUUUCUGCAACUGGUAUCUUUAAAUCAUUGUGUUUUACUCUGGAAUUUUAUGUUUCAACAUUGUAUCAUUGUGCUAUCUGAGAAGUAACUUGAAUCUACUUUGCAUCCUUCAUGUAUAAGUCAGCUGCACUUUAUGCUCUUUGCAACUGUUUUAAUUAUCAGAACCAUGUGCCAUUUACAAGGUUAAAAUUUUCUUAACAAACACCUUCACUAUUUGUAUAAAAACUGAGAUUUUUAACAACUUAACCUCUAGAGUUACUGACCUGUUGUCACCUUGAGAAUGGAAGAACUGCGAGUUUAAAUGAUUGGUUCAUCUGGGUGAGGGAAACAGCUGCAAUAAAGCUCCAUGAAUGUA